AUGUUGAGAAGGGUACAGUUCACCUUCUUCAAGAAUAUUCAAGUUUUGACUGAUGAACAUAUAACGAUUCUUCUCACCUAUCCCUGCGUGGUGUACUUGAGGUGGGAAAUGCCCCCCGAGAUAACCAUCACUGCGAAGAUCCGCUUGCUCCCCUCCCAAGGGGAUUCUUUGAAGCUCGUGGAAAGCAUCGUGAAUACGAGGAUAAGCGCGUUGACGGUUCAUUGUUGGACAAGGAAUAUGCGGGAGAAAGACCGGGCUGUUAUUGAGCGGUUGAGGGAGAUUGUCGAAUCUGUUGAAGGGUUGGGGAGGGGUAUUGCUGUCAUUUGGCAUGGUCAUUGUAUGAGCUGGAAGGACGCGUUGAGGGUGCGGGAGACGAGGCGCCGAUAA